GGUCUCCCUGGGCGACACGUGUCACCUUACCCUUCUAAAAGUACGGUGACAAAACUUCCCCUACCCACUUUGCGAUUUCCACAAAUUUAGCUCUCGUUCCCCUCCUGCAAAAAAUGGCUGUAGCUCAAAUCUCCGCCUCGCUCUCCCUUUCAAUCAGAGCUGCAAGUGGAAUUAGCUCAGCAGCAGGUCCUGCUCGGCUUCCCCAUUUUAAUUCCGGUAGAAUUGGGGCGACCUUUGCUUCUGGUUCUCCUCUCAUUAUUAAAAGAGCAUACCAACAAAGGAAUGCUGCAUGUAAAUCGAUGCCAAUUUCCAUAAGGUGUGAGCAAAGCACCAAGGAGGGAGGUUUGGAUGUAUGGCUUGGCCGGCUCGCCAUGAUUGGCUUUGCUGUGGCUAUUGGCGUUGAGGUAUCAACCGGAAAGGGACUUCUGGAGAACUUUGGGCUUACAAGCCCCCUACCUACAGCUGCCUUGGGUGUUACAGCAUUGGUGGGAGUUUUGACAGCAGUUUUCAUCUUCCAAUCCGGCUCAGAAAAGAAACAAGCCAACAGAAUAUUGGCCCUGCCCACUUAUGUUGCAUCAAUGUUCCCUUAUGAUGCCAACAAUUCCUGUUGCAGAACUUCUGUUUUUGGAAUGGGAGGAGCGGUUUCGCGAAUUGCAAAGAGGUUCUUCCCAAAGAAUGGAGUGAGGAUUCUAAUGGUGGGUCUUGAUGCUUCAGGAAAGACAACCAUCCUCUACAAGCUGAAGCUUGGAGACAUCGUUAACACCAUACCCACCAUCGGUUUCAAUGUGGAGACAAUAGAGUACAAAAAUAUUACCUUCACUAUUUGGGAUGUUGGUGGACAAGACAAGAUACGGCCUUUGUGGAGGCACUACUUUCAGAAUACUCAAGGCAUUAUAUUUGUUGUGGACAGCAUUGACAGGGAAAGAAUCUCAGAAGCCCGCAACGAGCUUCAUUGUAUUUUAAGUGAGAGUGAACUAAGCAAUGCAACACUUCUUGUCUUUGCUAAUAAGCAAGACCUUCCACAUGCUAUGAGUUCUUCUGAGGUUGCUGAUAAACUUGCCCUGCACUUACUCCGGAAUCGUUUCUGGUACAUCCAAAGUACUUCUGCCACCACUGGCCAAGGACUCUAUGAAGGUCUUGAUUGGCUAUCUGAUAAUAUUGUCAAUAACAAGGCAUGAUGCAAGGGGGCUUCUACAACAUUCAGACCAUUCACAUUCGUACUCGAUACAUUUUAGUGGAAUCAAAUUGGCUAGCAAUGGAAAGUGAACACAUCAUUUCUUUGCAAAACCCUGCAUAUUUGGUUCGAAUGGAGCUUCAGUAGAACCGGUCGGUUUACGAAAUGAGGGAAAUUCAAGCCUGUCUUCCUGUCUUGGGGAGGUAUAGAAUCCCAGUUAGCACUACUCACUACUGUAUUGAUGAAGUAACCUGUAUUCAUUAGUACAAUCUCAGAAUAAAUGUUGAUAGGUUAUUUUUGGUCUGCU